CCUACGCGUUGUGUUUAUAUGGAUGUAGCUUGUUGUAAUUAAAGAAAUGGAGACCACACCGAAGACAACCAAAUCAAAACCUGUGUACGGCACACCCUGUUAUUUAAAAUCAAGCUCAUGUGAAUCCAGUAGUGUGCAAAAGCCAAAACAGCAGAUGAGUUCUUCUCUGAAGGAACGACUGAAAAGAUCAAAACGUUCCUUCACCUCUCCUGUUUCCGUGGCCAAACGUCUUAACAUCGAUGAUGACCAACUUCCCUCAACAGCAGACAAAGAGACCGAGCAUGGUGCCGAAACAGACAGACCGAAGAAUAUUGACAUCAACAGAAAUGAGAUCACGCCCAGUGAAUGUCCAGAGACUAGAAGGGCUGGGGUCCCUGGCCCCAUGCCUGAAUCAGCUCAACCCACUCCUAUAGACUUGCUACAACUACGAGACCAAUUGAAGAGAGAGGUUAAAGAAAGGACCGAGAGACUACGGCGACUGAAGAUGGUUAAAAUGUACAGAAGCAAGAAUGACCUGACACAGUUGAGAGUUUUGAUUGACAAGUGGCGGAGUUGUAGUCAGGCUGCAUUGUAUGAGCUCCAGUCAGAUCUCCCCAUAGAUGGCAGGAAAGCCAGCAUCUCCCAGCUAAUUGACCUCUUUGGUGUAGAGGACCGCAUACUGCACUUUAACCGCACAGAAGAGGACUUCACCAAUGCAUAGACCCACAUGCCUUCUGUUCAUAUUGUCACAAAUCAUAUUAAUUGCUUAUCAGAUUUGUCAUGCAGAUUUCCUGCCUUUGUUGAAUAAUCUAGAUUCAAUCUUAUGUACUGGAUGUUUUUCACCCUAAAUUUACUAUGAUCCAGAAGUAAUUUGAGUGAAAAAAUAACAUUAAUUUGCCACUUCAUCAGUUUAAUUUCAUACUGUUACCUACCAUAGUAAUUUAUAUUAGUUCUAUAUUUAAACAUGAAAAUCAAUUUGACGUUUUGUUAAUUUUUUAAAAAUAAAGUGUUUCCUAAAUGUGUCAGUUAUGUUUUAGCUGAGCGAGAGCGGGGAAGGACUUCAUCCUCAUGCGUUCCACCUCUGCCCUGAGGGUAGCCACCUCCUCAGCCUGGGCCCUGGCUAGCUCCACCAGCUUCUUCCUCUGGAUGAUCUCCUGGUACCUCUCCUCUGCAUCACUCUCAUGGUUCUCCUCCAUGGCUGAGCAGAGCAGCAAAUAGCAUCACAGUUCAUUAGAUGAUUCAGUGGAAGUGUUAUAGGAAAUGAGACAUCAAGGGGCAAGUUAGGGGUUAAAAACAACAACGCAAUGGAACAAUAUCCACCACAUGUACACAGUGAUGCCAAUAAAGAUCCUGAUAACAUCA